AAGUGAGUGAUGCAGCACACUCACACAGUCGUGCGUGAGGAAGCGAGAAUCUUUGCUGAGGUCGUUUUGUGAUUGAUUUAUGUCGUUCAACAAAUAUUCAAAUCAUGAAGAGGGGCCAGGGAGUGAGAAAAAGAUUGCCACCAGAGAAGGCAGAAGCCCCUGAAACUUCUGAUGAGGAGAUACUUGCAGAGGUGCACCAACUCUUCAGCAAGGUUAGAGGGUAUGUUCCCCCCUCUGGAGGACAGUGGACCUUGCCAGACCCAAAUGUGGUGCUCUGUGAUCCUCCUGUAAGUCACCCACGUUUGCAAGCUCUGAAACAAUCACUUAAUGAGGUGAAGAAUCAACUCAGUGAUAAAGACCUCUCGAUAUGGCACCAGCAUACUUGUUCCACCAACCGAGCAGGUACCAUUACAGCCCAUCUUCGCUCCACUGCCAAUGCAGAACUCUGCACACAGGCUUGGGCCAAGUUCUACGAGAUCUUAGGCUCUUUUAAACUUUUACCUGACAGUGCAUUAAUGAGUGGUGAGUUGAACUCCAUACACCUCUGUGAAGCUCCUGGAGCCUUCAUAUCAGCUCUGAAUCACUUCCUUAAGACGAGCGGCUUGCACUGUGACUGGAACUGGAUUGCAAACACACUAAAUCCAUACUACGAAGCCAACGGACGUGGUUGCACUAUAACGGAUGACAGAUUAAUUGUACACACUCUGCCUUGGUGGUUCUUUGGAUCUGACAACACAGGUGACAUAAUGCUUCAGAAGCAUCUGCUGGAGCUACCGAGAUUUGUCAGUAACAUGCGCAGUGUAGAUUUGGUUACGGCAGAUGGAAGCUUUGACUGUCAGGGUGACCCAGGGGAGCAGGAGAGCUUAGUUGCUCCGCUACAAUAUUGUGAAGCAGUUUGUGCACUGCUGCUGUUGGGGACCGGCGGCUCAUUUGUUCUGAAGAUGUUCACGCUAUUUGAACACUCAUCAGUCUGUCUACUCUAUCUCCUUGCUUGCUGCUUCCGUUCCGUGAAUGUCUUCAAGCCAGGCACCAGCAAAUCUGGAAAUUCAGAACUUUAUGUUGUGUGUUUGGACUAUCAGGCCAAAGAAUCAAUACGGCCAUUGCUCUCAAAGUUAAUCCGUAAUUAUGGACCAGACUUGGCAUCCACAACAGCGCUCUUUACACAUCGCUGCAUUCCACACUCAUUUCUCAGUCAACAUGAAGAAAUAUGCAGUUUUUUCCAUGCAUUGCAAGUUCACACAAUUCAGGAGAAUCUCAGGCUUUUUGCAUGUAUGAGUGUAGAACAGCGCAGGCAAUUGGACCAGCUCAGGGUGUGUGCUGCCGAGUUUUAUACGAAACGCUUCAAUGUCCAAUUUCUUCCUCGAAAGAACUGGGUUUGCCGCGGUGGGGUGGCCGGAUGGGUAAAGCCGUAUGAGCGAAAGCAAAUGGGCUCUUUCAAUCAGCGCAAGGAGAUGCAGCUUCAGGGAUGGAAGCAGCGACUUGCCCAAGGAACUUAUGGGGCGUUUAUAGAGGGGCAUCUUGUGGGGACAGAAGGAUGUGAGAUUGUACUUAGUGGCCCAUUGAAUGAGUGUGAUUUGGGAGCCUGGUUUGUCCUCGAAGGAGCUGCCUUGCCAAAAGUGUGUAGUUCCACCUUCUGUGAUCAAGAAUUGCUAGACUUCCUGAAUGAAGCCCUAGAGAAGAACCCGAAGGGAAAAGCAGCUGUGCCAGCAUGUAGGUCCUGCAGCACAUACUCCCCUGUAGACAUCUUAUCUGAGAUAUGCAGCCAUCCUGAUGUCACAUCAUGUUUGGUGCUGGGAAGCCGGUCUUGGUGUGACAUCACACUUGUAAGAGUAACGAUUCAGCCAGAAUUCUUGCAAGGACCCUCAUAUUGUGAAGUGCAAGACUCCACAUUGCACGAUGGACAACCAGACUGUCAACUUGAGCUUCUGAACAGUUUGCUUUGUGCUCUGCAGAAGCAGCAUCAUGGUUCAGCCCUGGUGAUUCCUUUAUGUUCCGCCUUAACGCGCUUCACUGCUGGCCUGGUUUUCACACUCCACCUGUGCUUCCAUUACAUCACAUUCCGUUGCUCAUCUGGUUGGCCCCCUGCUGCACUUCUGUGUAUGGGAUUCUCUCGGCCUUCAGCCCUACCCCAGCUUCUGGACAUCCUUCAGGACGUGAUGGAGAAGAUGAAGAGAAUUAAACUUGAACAGGGGAGGCAGCUCCUGCAGUUUGUACCUUUGGAAGAACUUCUCAGAGGUCCAUUACCUCGCUUCUUGUCCUCCUUCAAUACUACUGUUGUUCGACAGCAGCUGCAUGUGCUAAUGCAGACUGAAUAGAGCACAUAACUCUAUUCCUUAUAGUAUAAAUGGAUGCUAUGGAAGAACAUUUCAGUUAAAAAAUAUUUGAGUGUUAUCGAGCCUCAGUUUACCUCUGAUGUCAUAACCCCAGUUUGCCAUUGCCACAGAGGAUAUUUACAUUUGGAACACAAAAUUAUUUUGAUGGUGAUAAUGUUUUAUGGAUUAUACUGGUAGAUAACAGCUUACUUUUAUUUUGAAUAUGCAGCAAAUGACUAUAGAGGUGAUGUUUUAUUUAACAUGGUGUGUCCAAAGUGUUUCUUUUAAUAUUUAUGUUUCAAUCUCUUUAUUUUAUCACUUGAAAUAAUAUAAGUUGCCUUGAUCAUC